UCUGAGAACCCGCCUUCCGUGGUUCAGCCUGGUGCCUCGGCACCCGCAAUUCAGCCUGAUGUCUCUACCCAGCCUGAUGUCUGUACCCAGUCUGAUGAACUGAUCCAGCCUAAUGAUCCUAUCAUGCCAGGUGACUCGGUGCCCGCUGUCGUGCCUGGUGACUCGGUGCCCACUGCCUUGCCAGAUGACUUGGUGCCCGCUGUCGAGCCAGAUGACCUGAUGCUUGGUGACCCGAUGCCCGCUGUCGAGCCAGAUGAUCUAAUGCCAGGUGACUCGGUGCUCGCUGUCGUGCCUGAUGACUCGGUGCCCGCUGUCGAGCCAGAUGACCUGAUGCUUGGUGACCCGAUGCCCGCUGUCGAGCCAGACGAUCCAAUGCCUGAUGACCCAGUACCCGCUGUCGAGCCAGAUGACCUGAUGCCUGGUGACCCGAUGCCCGCUGUCGUGCCAGUUGACUCAGAGCCCGCUGUCGUGCCUGAUGACCCGAUGCCCACUGUCGAGCCAGAUGACCCGAUGCCUGAUGACCCAGUGCCCGCUGUCGUACCUGGUGACCCGAUGCCUGCUGUCGAGCCAGAUGACCCGGUG